CUGAACAGCGGUGCAUCACGGGAAACAAAAUGUCUGCUCAGGAUGCGAGCUAACGCGAAUAUCACGUAAACAGCCGCAAAUAAUUACACAUUUCGCUCGUUUUUCUUCCGGCAGCCGGGUUGCCAUUGUACAUGUGACAUUUUAACUGCACUCUGCUGCAGCCAUGUCAACGAGAGCAGAGUGCAGAGUGUCCAGCUCCAGCUCCAGAUCCAGAUCAGAGGAAACGAGGAGAUCGACGAGCACAGGGCGAGAAAAAACUAAGCGGAAGCGCAGCCGCAGUAGGUCUUCCUCGUCGUCCUCUUCCAGUUCGUCGUCGUCAUCUUCAUCCUCGUCGUCGGCCUCUUCAUCAGGUUCAUCGCACUCAUCCAGCAACAGUCGAAGUAGCUCCAGCAGCAGCAGCAGCAGUGACUCCCGCAGGAAAUCCGGAAAGCAGUCUAAGAAAAGGAAAAAGGAGAAACAACACAAAAAAAAAGGGAAGAAAGAGAAGCGGCAUAAACGUAAAAAGGACAAGAAAGCAAAAGGAGGAGAGGAAAACUCGGGACCUGUACAGAUCUCCAAGUACUUGAAGGACAAGAAAAAAGGCAAGUACAGCAUGAUUUCAGGGAAGAAGAUCAAGAUGAAGGUAAAGAAGUCAAAGAAAGACAAACAGCGGGAUAAAAAUCGGGCAGAACUUCUUGAGUUCUUGAACUCUACUGUGUGACACCACUGCGGCCGCCACAAGUGGUGGUCAGGCUGGGACGCGUCGUCAGAUCUCAGGAAACAACAACAACAACAAAACCUGAGUGUUGCAGGAGAAGAAACAUGAAGAGUUUUCCGAGGAAGAGAGCAUGUAUAGAACUUAAAUGGACACAGGGUGGCAGCACUGAGCCGGAUGGAGCUGCUGCUACUACAGCGAGGUGACCAGGUGCCCAGUUUCUUCUGUUUUUUUACUCCGGUAGUUUUUGUGACAAGAGAAGAGUUUUUGUUGAACAUGUGUCACGUGAAAUUUUAUCUGUGGCCAGAUGGAUCACUCAAAGGUGAAAAGUGGCUGAUCUGAACAACGAUUAACUUUGCAUGUGGUUUGAACGUACGGUCGCCCCCCUUUUAAAGGAGUACUCCACCAAUAUAGCAUUGCACUAACUUUGACCAUCUCACUAAGGGAGGUUGUUUUGUUUUUUUAAUGAACAAAAUUCAUGCUGAGACAGAGAAACUGUUCUGCUUUUUGUUCCAUGCCUCUUCCUUCCUUGUGGAAACCUGGUGCCUACAUCACCCACAUUGCAACUCGACCACUGACGAGACUGGUUGGAUAUUUGGAUGUGUUAUGCUAGUAGAAGGCAGAGCCGUUGAGCGAGAGAGAGUCGCAACAACGGGUCCAAAAGUCCAAAAUGUUUGCACGUCACGAGACUCAUGCAGACUUCAGAUAAUUCCCGGAGGUUUUUGGCGUGCCAUUCGAAUCCAUUAUUGUCAGAGUGACAGAACCACAAUUACUAGUCAAUACAUUUAUCUAUUUACAAUAUAUCAUGAUUUAAUGCUUUAAUGCGCAUGUUGAUUUGAUUCAGAUGUGCUGAUGAUAUCGAUCUGAUUAUUUAAACAUCUUACCCUUCAUAAGUGCAACACAGAUGGUCCAUUGAUCCAUUCUGCUGCUACUAUAAU